AUGGUCUCAACCAGCGUUCCCGCUCCUACUCGUGGAGCGCAAUGGGUAUCCUCUGGACUAGGUCAACAUUUUGUCAGCCCAAAGAAACCCAGGGACAAGAAGAAAACUCAGAAACAUGUCGAGUUACCUGGCGUGCAAGCCAAACGCCGUCAACUGCAAGCUCAUAUGCACCAACUGAUGGGACCAGAGCCCAAACAGACUGAAGUUCGCGCUGCAGUCGAAACCGUCUCUCAGGCUGAUGCCUUCGCCGACAUUCACAUUCCUGAUCCAGACUUCGAAAUCUCAUCAGAACCCCCCUUCGACGUACCCGCAGAAGAGUCUCAAACUAAACGUCGCAUUUUGCCUGAUAAGGCCACUGAUUCGUUAUACAGCAGCUGGCAAACACUAAUACCCUCCCUCGCCGAACCUCACCUCAAAUAUUCUGAGCGAACGUUAGCGACAGCACUGGACAUCACCCCCAAUGUUAUCUCGGCAUGCGCCACGCUUUCGUGUCCUCAAAAGCGCACAUCAAUCGCGUGUCUGUUUUUCGACAUUGCAAAUGUUCCACCCUCCCUCAAGUUCUACUUCACCACGGGCUGUUUCCGACUGCUCCCUCCCAGCCUCGUAUGGCUGUUUCCGACUGCUCCCUCCCAGCCUCGUAUGGCUGUCUCCGUCGAACUACUAUCGUUCUAUCGGGCACUUUUCGAACGGUCUUGUGAUGCCAUUAAUGCCUUAGCGUCGGCUCUCAAGACCCACUACUCUCGCAGAGGUUUCGUCAUGACAGACGCCCGAGGGGAAAUUAUACAGGAUCCUUUUCGUCGAGGCCUGGGCCAUGCCGUACAAUGGUACGACAUUCUUCAAGUCCGAAUAGAACAUCAAGUCGAAGAAGCCCUGCAGAAUAGCCGUGACCGGGUGGCGGCCCUUCGUUCUCAAACGGAGGAUCACGUCUCAACCUCGAUACCUUUGUCUACCCUACGUAGAGCAUGUUUCGGUGGGACGAUGUUUGGGAAACCUACCGCUGAAGGAGGAGAUAUUCACACUGCCACAGACGGCAACUUUCACCACCGCCAUCGGCGCGCAGCGGGGGAUUGCCCCUGCUUUUACAAUCCUACUUAUUUCCUUUCGAAAGAGUACAUUGAUGAUGUUGGGCGCCGCAUCGAGGCUCAACGUAAGAGGCCUGCCAAAUCACCUGUACCCCUUGUUCCCGACGAGGCUAUCGACCAGUGCGAAACAGCUUACGAAGCAGCCGACGGCAAAAAACAAAAGCCGGCAAUGGAUAGUUUUGAUGAUACUGGUAUCAUGGCGCUCAUAUGUCGUCAUGACAUCCCUCUGUUUUUUGCUAAUAUUGAUUCUCCAGGAGAACAGCAAAAAUACUCAGUCGCGCUCCUAGAACAUUUGUUCUCGUUGAUCCCACCUUACGCUACGGUCGUAGCUUUGUACGACGUCGGAUGUGUCCUUGCCCGAUCCCUUAGCAAGUACGACAUUCUCCCUGGCAGUAUCGUUUCACGUUUGCGCUUGGCAACCACUGCCAUGCAUGCCUAUGGGCAUGAGUGGGCGUGUCAGCUAGUGCACAACCCACGAAUGUGCAUUGGGCUCGGUCUUUCAGAUGGCGAAGGGACCGAGAGGCUGUGGUCUCGCUUUGUGCGCCUAAUCGGCAUUGAACGGUCAUCAUCGCGUCAGCGCCGUUUGUGGCUGAUCGACCGUCAGGCUGCGGCUAUAGGAUCCGAAAUGCAAUCCGACUUAGGUGAUUGGAUACGACGACGCCUGAAGCGUGGUAUUCACGACCAAGGAACUGCUGCUCAAGAUGUUCUAGAUCGGUGCGAACUUUCUGUCGAGGAUCUGGAGUCAGAAUGGUCUCAACAACGAAGCUCGCAGCUCUCUGUCCGCGCACACGCCCCUGCUCGCCUUAAAAAGGAGUUAGAUACUGUUUUGACCCUGCAGGCGGAUCUCGAUAUCUCCGAUACCGCACUACAAUCCACCAGGCUCAUGCUUGAGAAAGGAGCUGCCUCGCAAGACACUCUCGAGGCUCUCGAGAAAGGCCAUGAACGCCUUAUGGGGAAAGUCGAAAUUUUAUACGCAUCCCUCAAUAUUCACGACCAAUUUCCCGAACUCGAAGGUAUCAAUUUGGACUUUGUUCGGCUUCUUCUGAUGGCGCGUGACUUGAAAAUGAACAUCCGUAAACGGGCAAUCGCGAGUUUUUUUGAGUGGGAUAAGUUGGACCGUGCGGUCGGUGGCGCUCAGCAGGCGUUAGGUACCAAACUACAUCAACAAACCCGAAAAGCGAUUGCGAAACGCCAACCAGCCCUCUUGACUGCGCUCAGGAAGUUCAAUACUUACUGUGAGCGGUUAGAAGCAUUAUAUGACCCUUCUUGGGGUAUUCCUUUACCUAGUCCUCUCCCGACCAAACUCGCAGAGCUACGCAGUGAUCCCCAUCUAAUGGAAGACGUCUGGAUUACGCCAUCAACGGGACAAGUCCCUCGAUGGUUAGAAGAUGCUGACGUUAGAGACGGCAUUCGUGCACUUCUGAAACGCGAGCGCUGCCGAGAAGAACAGAAGCGACUUGGUAUCGAGGCGGAUAACCUCUGCCGUUUCUUUGGGGAAGAACUUGCUGCCCUCGAGCUUGCACUCCGUACACCAGGAUGCGAACUUAUAUCUGUCUUGCUGAGACAGCGCCGCAACCAAUUACUCAGACUUCAAACCCGCUGGGCGAACCCAUUAGCCUCUGCGCUUCACUUCGCGUCUCGUGCCAAGGAUGCGCUGGAGAUUGCCGUCACCCUUUCAGGUAGCGCUCAAAUGCCGAACAUGCGUUGGCUCAGCACUACAUUACUGGAAGUACCCGAUCCUGAGGGAGAACUCAACGACGCAGAGUUUGCCGAGCCUCAUGACCUGCCAGUAGUUGAAUCUGAGCAUGCGGCUCUCGCUGACAUUCUUGAGGGUGAUUUGGGCAGAGAGGAGGUUGGAUUCGAUUCGAUGGAUUAUGUCAAUGACGCUCAUGCCCUCAUCGUGUGGGAGGCUCCCGAGCCUACACUAAUAGAUCGCACCUACGUCCCACGUAAGGAGGAGCACACCAUCGUCCCAGGCAUAGUCGCCGAAAGGAAUCACCCUUCACGAGAAGGAUACCCUCCUCAAAUCUUCGAACCGAAAGACAUCGCUUUGCUCGCCUCACCAACCGCAUGUCUUAACGAUACUUGUAUCAACGGCAAAGAGUUGCACCUCUUCGAUAGUCUAGCUGAGAAAAAACCUUGGAAAAAUGAUGUUCAAGUCAUGAAGCUGAUCGCUCGUCUCCUUGCCAUUGCACGUCAACUGGCGUCAUCAUGUCAGCAACAGAACUUGACAGGAUGGACAGCGCGACCAUUGAAAAUCACGCCUGUCCAGACCAACAGCUAUGACUGUGGAGUAGUGGGUAUUGGCGGUCAAUUGCUGCUCUCUUACGAGGACAUCAUGUCACAGGACUCCAUGAGGAUGAUAUGUGCCACCUUCGGCAUCAUCUACGAGCUCUCGUUCUUUCUAUACCUGUGCUUCUAG